CAGCUUGCUUUGCCUGCCAUACGUUCAACGCCCUUAGUUUUCAUCGCUGUGUCUUGCAUAACAUCUAAGGGCAUAGAGUACGUAGCUCCAGAUAAAAACCUUGCAAGAAGCUGCUUCAGCUGAGCUCGGUCGGCUCUACAGUGUCAAAUGCAAAUGUUGACAGCCAUAGAUAGCUGCUAAGAGUGCCAGCUGUGCAAGGAGCCCAGCGAGAACACCAGAACCCAGGCUGUCACACGCUCUGUCGCUAACGCCGAGCCAGCCGCACGUCCAGGACGCGCGCUCGCCCGGCGGCCAGGGCCUGCUGACUCUAGCGGCAGUGCUCUGCCGUCCAGACAGACGUGACGACGGCGCGAUGGGUCCCGUCGGCGAGGCGACCGAGCUGGCGGAGGCGUCGCCGCAGCCGCAACAGCUGCUGCCCGCGAUCCCAUCCGGCGCCGUCUCGGUGAAGACGAACAAAUCCACCAACUUGGACCCGGACUAUGAGAUACCGCGCGGCACCAUGACGGAGACACAGGUGCUCAACUGGUUGGCCACACAGCAGGAGGAGCAGCAGCGCGCGCUGCGCAUCGACCGCUUCGGCUUCAUCGUGCCGCUGGUGCCAGAGGGCGGCAGCGAAGCUGCCGACGGCGGCGAGGGCCGCCGUGCUAGCGGUGCGGGCGCCACCACCAGCGGCCGCGACGGCGCGUCUGCGCCGCAGCCGGCGGGCACGCCGGCGGCGGGCUCCAAACAGCGGUCAAAGGAGCAGCAGGCGGUGGAGCGGCUGCGCAAGUGGCGGAAGAUGCUGGGCGCGAACGGGUCGGGGCUGGAGGAGUACCGGCGGCGGCGGCCGGACAAGCUCAAGCGCCGCGUGCGGAAGGGCAUUCCGGAGCCGCUGCGUGGGCUGGCCUGGCACGUGCUGUCGGGCGGACGCAAGCUGCGGCUUGCCAACCCCGGCAUAUUCGCGGCGCUGUCAGUGCUGCCAGACGACGAGGAGGCGGCGGCGGCCUUCACCGCCGCCACAUCCGGCAAACAUCCACCGCAGCUCGACGACGCAGCAGCACCCUCAGACGGCGCCAACGGCAGCGUCGCCAACGGCGGAGCCAAUGGCGCGGCAGCGCCACCAGGACCCUCGGGCACCACCAAACACAACGGCGUGACAGUGGCUGCGGGCGCGGGCCUGGACGCCGCGGCAGCGGCGGCGCUGGCGGCGACGCGGCCGGGCCGCGCUCCGCCUCUCGACCCGGCGGUUGACACGAGCAUCAUGCGGGACCUGAACCGCACCUACCCCACCCACAUCUACUUCACGCAGCGGCAGGGCCCUGGUCAGCGCGCGCUGUACUCGGUGCUGCGGGCGUAUGCCGUGUACGACAGCAAGGUGGGUUACGUGCAGGGCAUGGGCUUCCUGGCUGCGGUGCUGCUGCUGUACAUGGACGCCGAGGAGGCGUUCUGGACACUGGUGGCAGUCAUGAAGGGUCCUCUGGGUCCUGACAAGGGCGAGGGGCUUCAGCGGCUGUACAUGCCGGGCAUGCCCGGGCUGCAGGGCAGCCUGUACAAGUUCAAGCGCCUGCUGCCGGAGGUGGCGCCGCGCCUGGCUGCCCGCAUGGAGCGCGAGGGCGUGGAGCCGGCGCUGUAUGCCACGCACUGGUUCAACACCGCCUUCGCCUACAGCAUGCCCUUCCCGCACCUGCUGCGCGUGUGGGACAUAUUCCUGGCGGAGGGACAGAAGAUGGUGUUCCGUGUGGGUCUGGCGCUGCUGCAGUCCUCGGAGCGGCGGCUGGCGGGACUGCCCUUCGAGGCGCUGCUGGAGGCGCUGUCAGCCAAGCGUCUGCACGAGCUGCUGCCGCCCUCGCCCGAGGAGCUGGUGCGGCGGGCGCUGCGGCUGCGUGUGAGCCGGCGGCUGCAGGAGUUGGAGGCGGACUGGCAGGCAACGUUGCGCGGGCGCGGGCCGGGUCAGGGGGGGAGAGGCGGCGCCGGCGCGGGGCGGCGGGGGUGAGGGUGUUAGGAGAGGCGGAAUGGGCGAGGCGGUAUACAUAGCCAGGCGUACGUGUGAUGGGGCUGGAGUGGCGCUGCCAUCAGGCACGAUGGCAACAAUCGGGAAAUGCAUUGGCACUGGGGUUUGGAAGGUCAGGGGCACGCCGCGCAGGUGUGUCCAAGACAGAACUACCGUAUGGUGUCCGGAGGAACAUAUGCACGGUUUGACCAAGGCGUCAGGCGGUGCAGCAGUGCGGCGGGCAACUUGACGCACGUGGCGCAUGUUCCGGUGUUCAGGACGGCCUAUGUCGUCCGCCUUCAGUCUGUGAUGUGUGGUGGUGUCAGACCUGCGGUUUAUUCAGCGGUGAUCCCUCUUGAGCGGUGCCGGUAUCGCAUGUACUAGGCCAAACACGUCGUUACUUUGUGUGGGAACGCUGCGAGUACGAGAGCCUCGGACCUCCGGACAAUGACCGCCUGCUGGCAACGUGACGCGUAUCCAGGACCUUGCAUGCCCCUGUAAGCUGCAGCACGU